AGGAGAGUGGCCCCUCGUGUGACAAUGUACUGUGUCCCUCAAUAGACACGGUCUUCUCGGCCCCCGAUUCUGGGAAACUACCCGUUCCUUGGUGGCCUGAUGCCUGCGGUUGUAGCCCUGGAGGGGGUCUGGGAGGUGCCCCGCCUGGGAUCACCCCCUUCAGGCCCGAAGUCCUGAAGAGCUCAGGCUGGCCCACCCCCCACGCCCUCAUUCACGUUGCCUUGCGUGGAACAGCCAUCCUCCCAAGGGCAGUCCUGCCCCCAGAAGUGGAUAUGGUAGUAUCUGGAGACAUCUUUGGUUGUCCAGCUGAGGGGAGGUGCAUACAUGUGGGUGGGGGCAGGGAAGCUGCGCAGAGCACAGGAUGCCAGGUGGCAGAGGACCCAGCCAAGGACAAGACUCGAGUUAGACCCGAAGUCAGGCGAUGGGCCGGGGUACAGACAGGGCUGUGGACGGGGCUUAUGGGCUGGAAAGCAAGCUCCCCAUCCUCCUAGGGAACAGGAGUGUGCCCUGCCCCACUUUGAAGCUAAACCGGCAGGGCCACACACGGCUGGCCAGGAGAGGAGGAGGGACACACUGAGAGGGGAGCAGGGAGAGGUGAGCCCCCAGCCACCACUGUGUCGUGGGCCACACGUCCAAAACAGAACUUGGCUUGUGGCCAGCGACCCAUCUCAGCAGACCUGUGGCCAUACUCUGGAAUGAACCCCGAGUCGCCAUGCCCCACACCCCAACUGCAGGUGCUGUCAGAAUUUGAUCCCCAACACGGGCCCCUACCCAGCCUGGUCUCCGUCCAAAGCACCGGUCUCCUCCCACCUCCCUGCUGCCCCAAACCAAUCUUAAAAUGCACCUAAGAUCUCACUCCCCUGCCCAGGACCUUCGGUACCUCCUGGUUCCUAAUCGUGGCUUCCAGACUAUUCAUCCACCUUGAUCCAGCUCCCAGCCUGCCUGGGCUCUUCCAAACCUUUGGCGACACUCGUGUCUCAGGACCUUUCACGUGCCCUUCUGCUUUGAAUACUCUUCCCUCCAGCCUUUGUGUGACCAGCUUGCCCUACUCUCUCCCUCCCUCCGUCCCCCCCACCGUGAUGUCACUUCCUUGGUGAGCUCUCCUUGGACCACAGAGCCCUCGUGUGCUUCCUUAAAGCUUUACACCUGUGGUGUGGGUGUGUUUGCCAAUUUGUUGUUUUCUCUCCCACACGCACUAGAAUGUGAGCUCCACUGAGCCCAGGAGCUGGCCUAUCCCAGGUAUACCCCAGGGCCUAGCAUUAGAUCAGGCGGAGGGGAGCCGCAGGGGAUUUUUACAGGGCCUAGCGGCUGGAACCCUGCGUGUGCGGGGAGUGAGGCUGGCGGAGCUGGGAGCAGGCAGCAGCUGUCCUCACCUUCUACGUUUUGGCAGGAGUCAACUGCUGCGGGCUGGUACCGGCCUGUCUCCCCCGCCCCCCCCCCAGCGAGUCCUUCACAAGCCCCUGGUCUUCCAGCUUCUCUCCUGCCUGGGGCCAGUGUCCAGAUGCUUGGGCUUGGUCUCCCCUCCCUCCUCCCCGAGCAUCCCUGCAGCUGGGGGCUCCCUGGCUGUGGGUCUUCCCUUCCUGUCUUCAUGAUGUCCACCCGCCGGGACUCAGGGCCAGCGCGGCAAGCAAAUGCCUGGACGUCCGUCCCUGCUGGGUUGGUUCACAGAAGCUGUUUCCAGCUAUUUGCUUUUCCUAACAAGGAGACUGACGCCUAAAUUUCUUUGGGGGGAUGUAAGAACGGGGCUGAAAAAGACUUCGGAGGAACAGCAGGAAGAAUUCCAUGUUAAGUUUGGGGAAAUUUUGUAACAGCCGCUCCUCAGGCCCUAGGGUUUGGGAACAUUUUGGUGGUAGGCAGUUUAGAGGGGCCCUUGAGACAGUCCAAAAAAGGAGAGUCUGUUUUCAGUCCGCUCCCCAGCAACCGGUGGCCGUCCAGAAGGAACACCGCGAGGGAAGAGGUGCCACUGAGGAUGCUUUGGGUGCAGCUCUUCGGUGGACUAGGGGCUGUUGCCGCCGGGAGGGCUCGGGGACGGCGAGAUCGCUGCGGAGCUGGGGGCGCCCGUCCCGCCCGGGUCAGCCGGGCCCUCCCCGCGCCACGGAGGCGCCGGUCCUCCGGAGCCCAGAGCGUCCCGGAAGUGCACGCGCGAGGCCGGGGCGGGGCGAGGGCGCACUUCCGGCCGGCGCGUGAGCGGCCGCCUCCCGCUCGGAAGGUCCCAGGUGUGCAUACCUUCAGCAGGCCUUGGGGAAGAUGGCGACCCUGGGGGACGGUCAGGAGCCCCCUCGUGUCCCGUCCCCUGUCAAUCUUGCGUCACCAGGGACACCUGGAACCCACCGCCUCGAGGCCCGGCUUCACCUCCACGGUCAUCAACACGAAAAGUUCCUGUUGCUCCGUGGCCCCAGAACCCCACCCACAGCCUCCCGCCCCCGGAAGGCCGGCCCCAGGCCUGGGCGCCUCCGCUGAGACUCCCCUGGCUGCAGCCCUGAGGUGCUCUCCCAGCCACCGCAGGAGGAGGAGGAGCGGUCCCACCUGGAUCUCCGAGAUGUGGAGGAGGUCCGGAAUGGCCGAGGUACCUGCUGGCCGGGCGGAGUCGGAGCCGGCUCCCUCCUCUCCCCACCCCCGCGACCCUGAAGAGGAGGUGCACCAGGACAGGGGGCCCCUGAGGAGCCUUCCCCGUAGACCCAAGUGUGGGGACAGCUUUGGGCAGGAGUCCAGCUCGGAGCGGCCCACGGGCCAGCCGCCGGGGACCGCGCCCUGCCCCCAGAAGAGGGGCACCUGGCGCGUGACGCCGCCGCCGCAGGGAGCCUCCGGGACCGAGGGGGACCCCGAGCGGGCCGCCGAGCCGGAGGGCGGCUUCGGCAGGGGCCCGGGCCCCGGGGUCCGGCAGGGCGGCCCGCGGGCCGGGAAGCCGCACAGGUGCGAGGCCUGCGGCAAGAGCUUCAAGUACAAGUCGCUGCUGCUCAAGCACCAGCGCAUCCACACGGGCGAGAAGCCGUACGCCUGCCACGAGUGCGGCAAGCGCUUCCGCGGCUGGUCGGGCUUCAUCCAGCACCACCGCAUCCACACGGGCGAGAAGCCGUACGAGUGCGGCCAGUGCGGCCGCGCCUUCAGCCACAGCUCGCACUUCACGCAGCACCUGCGCGUCCACAACGGCGAGAAGCCCUACGAGUGCGGCGAGUGCGGCCAGGCCUUCAGCCAGAGCUCCAACCUGGUGCGGCACCAGCGGCUGCACACGGGCGAGAAGCCGUACGCCUGCAGCCAGUGCGGCAAGGCCUUCAUCUGGAGCUCCGUGCUCAUCGAGCACCAGCGCAUCCACACGGGCGAGAAGCCGUACGAGUGCCCCGACUGCGGCAAGGCCUUCCGCGGCCGCUCGCACUUCUUUCGGCACCUGCGGACCCACACGGGCGAGAAGCCCUUUGCCUGCGGCGCCUGCGGCAAGGCCUUCGGCCAGAGCUCGCAGCUCAUCCAGCACCAGCGGGUGCACUACCGGGAGUAGCGCGCGGCAGGCGGCCUGCGGCCCCGGGUGGGGGUGGGGGUGGGGGGCGGCGGGUCGGCCCCCGAUGGAGGGGGAGGCUCCGGAGAGAGGGCCCCCGCCUCCUGCCCCCGUCCUGCUCGGCACCGGCAGCCCCGCGGGCCGAGUGGCCCGAAUAAAUGCUUUUUGAUUGACGGAAGUAGGAGUCGCCCCUGCCUGUCCCUGGAGAGGAGAGUCCCGCGUCUGGUCUCCUGGGACGUCCUGGCGGUCCUAACUGACCCGGGCCUGGAGGCCUCAUGACUGACCUGGAGCCACAGCCGGGUGUUUCCAGACGCAGAGAGCCAAGGCGGGGCGGGCGAGGUCGGGGCUCACCCUGCCUCUGCCCCAGGCGGGGUGCCUCCUGUCGGUUCCCCGCAGCCGCAGCCACCCGCCAAGUGCUCCAGACACCAGAAGGUGGGGCCCGGACCGUGCGCCUCCAGACAGGCCUAGGCCUCUGCAGCGGCAGCCGGGCCUUGCCUUCGGACUUCCAGUAGGGACAGAGCUCAGCCGGGUGGGGAAGCAGGCACCUGCCCCCUCCUGACCACUUGCGACCCCGCUCCAUCCCCACACUGAGGGGCUGCCUGGCCCUUCCCCCAGCUCAACUCCGAGCCUCACCUCCCCAGCUCCAAGCCUUUCUGCCGGGACCCUGUCCUGAGGGCCCUGCGGUUGGGCUGCCUCACCUCUCUGGGCCCCACUCCCAGGGCCCCGUGGCCACCAAGCACUUUGGACUCUCGCCAUGAGCCCCCGCUCCAGGUGAGAGCAGCUCUAGGGGAGAGGAGUAGACGUCAGUCUCAGGACAUCAGCUGAGGCACCUCUGCUGGUGGCGCUGUGGCCUGAGAGGAGGGACGGCGACCUUCUUCGCACUCUUUGCCCUCCCUAAUACCGCAAGGGUUUGCGGGGCCUCUGCCCUCCAGCAACCGGGCCGCAGAGCCUGCACGCAUAGACCCCAGGGUGUCCCGGGGAGCAGUGGCAUCAGGCAUCAGGCCGAGCGCUGGAAGGGUCAUCCUGCAGCCUCUACGUGGAGAAUGCACUUGGACACCAGCACCAGGACCCGACCCGGCAGACAGCCCCCAAGAGCAGAGCCUGGCGGUCCUCCACACCACCCUAGACUGUCCCACAGACGCCUGUGCCCUGCACACCUGUCUAGAAGGACUGGAUGGGGCAGCGCCUGCAUGAGUCAAACCGGACCUUUUUGUUCUAGUCAGUCUUUCAACUGAUUAAAUGAGGCCCACCCACACUGA